AUGGCAAUUAUGAAUAGGUCAGAAAUCAAUGAAUUCAUCCUUGUGGGAUUAACAGAUGCUCCAGAGCUCCAGGUCCCUCUUUUCAUAAUAUUUACUGUCAUCUACCUUAUCACCCUUGUGGGGAACUUGGGCUUGAUAGUCCUGAUUUCCUGGGAUUCCCAUCUCCAUACGCCCAUGUAUUUUUUCCUCAGUAAUCUCUCUCUGGUGGAUUUUGGCUACUCCUCUGCUAUUACUCCCAAGGUAAUGAGCAUCUUCCUCCUGGAGGACAAGGUCAUCUCCUACAGUGGAUGUGCUGCACAAUUUUUCUUCUUUGUGGCCUUCUCCACCGUUGAAAGUUAUCUCUUGGCUGCUAUGGCUUAUGAUCGCCAUGCAGCGGUGUGUAAGCCCCUCCAUUAUACCACCACCAUGACAUCUAAUGUGUGUGCUGGUCUGGCUAUUAGCUCCUAUGUCUGUGGUUUUCUGAAUUCUUCCAUUCAUACAAGAAAUACCUUCAGUUUUGACUUCUGUAGUUCCAACGUGGUUCAGCACUUUUUUUGUGAUUUUCCAGCACUCGUGGCUCUCUCCUGUUCUGAGACAUACAUCAAAGAACUGGUUGUUUUCUUUGUCGUAGGAUUCAAUGUUUUAUUUGCCCUUUUUAUUAUCUUGAUAUCGUACUUAUUUAUCUUUAUUGCCAUCUUGAAGAUUCGCUCAGCUGAGGGUCAACGUAAAGCCUUCUCUACAUGUGCUUCUCACCUCACAGCAGUAUCCAUAUUCUAUGGAACAGUAAUCUUCAUGUACUUACAGCCCAGCUCCAGGCAUUCCAUGGAUACAGACAAAGUAGUGUCUGUCUUCUACACUAUAAUUAUCCCCAUGUUGAACCCUUUGGUCUACAGCCUGAGAAAUAAAGACGUCAAGAGUGCUUUCAUUAAAAUGUUUCAGGGUACAAAGUCAUCAUUAGGCUUAUCUUUUUAA